AUGCGCGGGGCCUUCCCGGGGCUCUGCCUGGCGCUGCUGGCGGCGGAGCGCGGAGCGCGGCUCUGCGCCAUCAUCCACUACCUCGUCCGCGGGCAGCUGGGCUGGUUCGGGCUGACCGUCGCCUGCGUGGUGCCCGGCUACGUGGCUCAGCUCCUCAGCAUCCUCUGGUUCAGGGCGGACGGCCGCCCGCCCGGCUGCUGGCUCCUGGCGCUCCACCUCCUGCAGCUGGGCCUCUGGAAGCGGUAUUGGGAUGUUCUGCGGACGGUGGCAAAAUCGGGCGGUAGCGCCUGUGCCGGGGAGGUGCUGACGCAGCACGGGGACGUGUGUGUGCUGCGGCUCCUGGAAGCACUGCUGCAGACCCUGCCUCACCUCCUGCUUCAGACCUACGUCGUCGUGGCAGUCGACCCGACGGGCUUCGUCCCCGGUGUCAGCGCUGGGCUGUCCCUGCUCUCCCUUGCCUGGGCUUUGGUCUCCUACAGCCGCUUCGCCUGCCUGCUGAAACCCGGUCACCUCUGCCCGCCGGCCGCGGCCAUCCUCUGCCUGCUGCUCUGGAGGACGGGGAUGCUGGGGACCAGGGUCCUGGCCCUGGUGCUCUUUGCCAGGCUGUAUUCCUUCUGGGUUUUUGCUGUGGCAGGUGUCCACUGGUUUCUCAUGUCCUUCUGGCUGGUGGCCCAGCAGACGGACAUCGUGGCCCAGCCCUGCCGCUGGAGGCUGUUCAAUUGCCUGGUGGGAGCCAUGUACAUCUUCUGCUACGUUAAUGUCCAGCCUGGUCCCUCCAAGCGCAGGGUGGCCGUGUUUUAUGCAAUAAUGUUGAUGGAAAACACCCUCCUGCUGCUGCUGGCCACCCGAUUCCUGCAGGCAGAGCUGAGGAACAGCCUGUGCGUCACUGGGGCCGUCAUGUCAGGGUCUGUAAUAGGUGCCGCAGCUCUGGUGGUUUAUUACAGCCUGCUCCAUCCCAAGUCCGCGGAGAUCUGGCAGGGCUUCCUGGAGACAACCUGCAGUGCUGCAGCUGCUGGUGGUGAUGAGGUUGCUGGAGAUGGCUCCCAAGCUGGGCAGAGCUUGGGAACUUCAGGAGACGGAGAGUCGCUGGCAGGGGAAGGGACCACGGCAGAUCCCAAAAAUGGGAACAGCUCAUCGCUUCUGCAAUUCAGAGGGCGUUUGGAGGACAGCUGGACAAACCAUCACCACUGGCUGCUGCUAAAGCUGGCCUUGAAGACAGGAGAUAUGUCCACGAUCAGGGCAGCUUUUGGAGAUGGUGGUGUGGGAGGAUGGAUGAUGGCGAAACCCACCGGUGCUGAGCCUGGGGCAAACCUUUCCCUCCCCACAAGGCAAAUCGGUCCUCGGGGUGUUGAAUCUGGUCUGACUGAUGAGAAAUUUGUGGUGGCGGGGAACGGAGGAGUCGGCAAACCCAGUGCCAGCGCUGAGAGAACGGCACAGGAGGACAGAGCAGGGCAGGAGCCUGGUUUUCACCUGCCCGUAACCUUUCCCAGCAGCUUCCCCCCGGAUCCGGCCGAGGGCUCCUCUGUGUAUUUCAGCGCAAGCGCGGGAGGCAUCGCCUCGCCCGGCACAGGGACAACCACAGCUACGUGCAUGGCCCCGGUGCAAAGGGAAGGCGAAGCCCAGCCUCCUCCAGGCUGCCUGGGAGGAGAAGGACGAUGGGAUUUAUCCCGUGGGAUGGUGAGCAUCAGCCCAAUCCUGGGCGCUUGUGCCCACAAGUAUCUGCAGAGCAGCUCUUCCCUUGGUGGCGCAGGUGGCGAUGGGGCGGUGGGUCCCCCCAAAGAGUGCUCGGAGCCCAUGGGGCUGGAGGGCGCCCUUGUGGGGUGGCAUCACCUUCGGGACACCCACCCUUGCGGCACACAAGGGACCGUCGUGAGGAGCAAGCUGAGGCCACCGUGCUUCACCUCCACCCCCAAGGCCAUCCCUAGGUGCCCACGGCGAGGACUGGGAGACCUGGGAGAGGGGACAGACCUGUCUGGGUUGCUGAAGUGA